AUGUCUUCACCACCACCUGUUUCUAUUGUGGAAGCUCCAGGCAAUGAAGAGCUGCCUAAAACGUUAUCAAGAGCCAAGAAAAUGGUACUGCUAGCUAUAUUCUGUCUAGCGCAAUUCUUGGAUUCCUUCAACACUUCUGCCCUAUUCUCUGCAAUACCUUCCCUUGAAAUAUCAUUGAACAUAGCUGAGAGCCAGUCAGCAUGGAUUAUCAGUGCAUUUCAGCUGACUUUCGCAUCGUUUCUAUUAAUUAGCGGUCGCAUCAGUGAUGUUUACAGCCCUAAAGCUGCGUUUAUAUCUGGAGUGGCUGGCCUCGGCGUAAUCUCGCUCGGCGCAGGCUUCGCUGACAACAAAAUAGUCAUACUCACACUGCGCGCUCUCAUUGGCAUAUCUGCUGCAAUGACUAUUCCUUCUGCUUUGACACUACUAGUCAAGGUCUUCCCAGAUCCUCUUGAGCAAGCUCGGGCCAUUGGCGUCUUUGGUGGUUGUGGGGCAGUUGCCAAUGUACUUGGACUUCUAAUAGGGGCUAUCUUCGUCGAAUACGCCUCAUGGCAUUGGGUCUUUUGGUUUGUAGCAAUAGUGGCACUACCUGUAGCGUUAGGUUGUAUCUUUGUCAUCCCGCCCCAACCGAAACCUCUAGACCAUUUUGAAUCUCAAGGGUCCAAAUUCAAGCGCCUGGAUAUAGUGGGUGUUGUGAUGUUAACAAUUGCACUCAUUUUGUUUGUUUUUGCUGUUACCUCUGGUUCGGCGAAUGGGUGGGGUACUGCCAUGGUCCUCGCACCGCUAGUCAUUUCCAUCCUCUUGAUUGGCGGUUUUAUAUAUUGGGAGACGCUUCUCCCUGCUAAUAAAGCAGCAAUACCUCCUAGAACGUGGUUCUACAAGAACUUCUCUGUACUCUUUGCUACCGCGCUGUUACCAUAUUUUUGGUGGAAUGCUGUCUACACCAUUCUCAUAACGUUAUGGCAAAACAUAUAUCAUUGGCCAGUCAUUUCAUCGGUGAUACAUAUGUUCCCUAUCGGUGUCCUUGCUUUUGCGAUGAGUUUUACUGGCUCACUAUCCAGAGUAUUGAGUCCAAAAUGGAUUAUCCUCGCAGGACUUGGUUUUCUAGUCAUCGCUACGACGCUGAUUGCAGUCGGAGGUGGACCUAAUCAAUAUUGGCCGUUCAUCUUCCCAGCAUUUGUGAUUGGCAGUGCUGGAUCCAUGCUGAUUUUUACCCACGCAAAUAUUGCCAUAUUUCAAGCAGCUCCUCCCUCAAUGGCAGGCACUGUCGGCGCUAUCUUCAACGGUGCCCUUCAGUUUGGUUCAGCCAUCGGACUUGCGGCCAUGAGCUCCAUCCAGACGUCUGUUGAGGAUAAGCAUGGAGGGUCUGAGGAAUAUUCCGGACGAGCAGCCGCAUUCUGGUUUUUAUUGGCUGUAGUAUGUGUGGAAGCUUUCGCCGUACUUGUCUUCUACCGCACCGGUUCAGAUCACCUACCACAGACACCUGACGCACCUGCCAGUGAAUGCUUAGAAAAAUGA